CUGCCGCGUCCCUCGAGAAUCUCAGUACCAGACGCAGUCAAUGGACGCUUGACCGAGAAUUACUCGUUGAGUCUUCCAUUAGUGUUUGUCCGUGCUUCCGCCGACCGUAAUCUGGUCACUAUUUCACAUGAAAUUUUAAUCUACUGACGACGAUCACUUGUGGCUUACUCUCCUCUCUUCCUUUUUUCUCGCUCCCUUUCUCUCCUUGCCCUCCCCUGUCGUAUCUAUCCUUGUCGGCUCCGUCCCGAACCCCAGUUUCCCUAAGGAUUUUCUUCUAAACUUUCCCCCUCUUUCCCCACGCAUACAGCUUGGGGUCGCGCGUCAUCCUCCUUUCUCCCCUCGGUCCGUAACACCAUGUCCAAAUCACGUCGGAACGUCAGGUUUCCGCACCGGGCAUCGGAAACUCGCCGGCUAAGUAUUUCAGACGCCAGUGAUGCCGCCUCUGAACCCGGUAGUCCGUCGAAGAAUGGCAGCGUGUCUAAGCCCGAGACAAUUGUCGAGGAGAAACCCGAACAGCCGCAGCUGUCCGACUACGAGAAAAAGAAGCAGACAUUCAUUACUCGCACAAUAUGGACCUUUGUGAUGAUCUUUGGAUUUUUCAUUGCUAUGUUUUCUGGCCACAUCUACAUUAUCGGCCUCGUCACCGCCAUUCAAAUCAUCUCGUUCAAGGAAGUCAUCGCUAUUGCCAACGUGCCGAGCAAAGAAAAGAAUCUCCGUUUCACUAAAUCGCUGAACUGGUAUUUCCUGGCUACGACCAUGUACUUCUUGUACGGAGAAAGCGUCAUCUAUUACUUCAAGCACGUCUUGUUAGUUGACAAGGUGCUACUGCCUCUCGCAACUCACCACCGCUUUAUCAGUUUUACACUCUAUGUCAUGGGAUUCGUCUUCUUUGUCGCAUCUUUGCAGAAAGGGCAUUACCGGUUCCAAUUCACACAGUUCGCCUGGACUCACAUGGCACUGUAUUUGAUCGUCGUACAAGCGCACUUUGUCAUGAACAACAUUCUGGAGGGCAUGAUCUGGUUUUUCCUUCCCGCAUCUUUGGUUAUCACAAACGAUAUUUUCGCAUACGUGUGCGGAAUCACAUUUGGCCGCACCCAGUUGAUUCAGCUGUCCCCUAAGAAGACAGUUGAAGGGUUCCUCGGUGCUUGGAUUUGCACCAUAAUCUUCGGCUAUUUCAUGACCAAUAUCCUAAUGCGCUACAAGUACUUCAUCUGCCCAGUAAAUGAUCUAGGAUCCAACGUGCUGACCGGGUUGGAAUGUACCCCGAACCCGGCCUUUGUACCCCAGCCGUACCAGGUCCCAGAAUGGACCGGAUUGGACAAGACGUUCUACAUCGAGCCUAUACAGUUCCAUAUCCUGAUCUUCGCCACCUUUGCCUCUCUAAUUGCGCCGUUUGGCGGCUUCUUCGCCUCUGGACUUAAGCGUACCUUCAAAAUCAAGGAUUUCGGCGAGUCGAUCCCGGGCCAUGGUGGCAUCACCGAUCGGAUGGACUGCCAGUUCAUCAUGGGGUUCUUUUCCUACAUGUAUUACCAUAGCUUCAUCGCAGUGUAUAAAGCUACUGUUGGGGAUGUUAUUGAGACCGCCAUCAAUGGCCUCACGGUCGAGGAGCAACUGGAGGUAGUCCGAGGACUUGGCAAGUAUUUGUACAAUCAGGGCACGGUUUCCGAGACGAUUCUGGAAUGCUUGAACAGUGAGCUGACACGCCGAUGAAGAGCGUUCGAUAAUGACCCAUGCCAUUUCUUUUCUACCUCUCAGUGACGAAAAUUCGACCGCUCCCGACUUGCUCAAAGUUCAUCGGAAGGGGGAAAAAGUAGCGACUCUUAUUUUACAUUACCAUUUUAAUUGGCCGUUAUCCACCAUCGCUAGAGCCUUUUUACGAGCUUCAGACGAACCUCAUCUCCGCAAGGUGGCUACUGAACGUGCCUGUCUUACGUUUGUUCUGUCUUUUUGCCUUCGCAUUGGGUCAUGAUUGUAUAAUGUCAGGGAAAUACGGUCGGAAAGUUUAGGUUCAUGUCUGCGUACACGUCCGAAAGGGAACAUUGUACUCUUUCUUCAUAUCUUCGAUAUGUUUAGCCGCCGUUGUCAGAUGGUGAGAGACUGGCGUCUAGUUGGACUGUAAAUUCCUCCAUAUAUAGGAAUAUAGGUUGAUGAGUUACUGAA